GCGCUCUGCUCCAUUCUGUCUCCUUGAGAAUCAGACUAGGCCCCUUUUUCACAGUACCAGAGCCGGUGUCCGUGGAUAUUUGGACCACUUGCCCUGCCUACAGUUGAAGAAAAAGGCAGAGCCACAGCAAGAGAAAAAAAGCCACACCCACCGGACAAGCAGACUGACACAAGGCCCUGACACACAGCCUACCCAAACAAACCAGCCAGCCAGCCAAGCCAAGCUUAGUUUUAAGCUUCACCAGUCCUCAGUGCUCAUGGAAGCCAAAGCCAAGAGUGGGGCCCCCAAGGCCAGCUCCAAAGCAGAGAAGAAGGAGCCAGCGGCCCCCGUAGCGCCCCCUGCUGAGCCAGCACCCCCAGCAGAGCCCGAGCAGCCGGCCGAGGAGACGGCGCCCGAGCAGCAAGAGGCCGCCGAGGGAGCUGAGGCAGCAAGCGCCUGCGACACCCUGGAGAGCCUCAAACCCUUUCUGAUUGGUGGAGCCGUCAUCGCCCUGGGGGCCAUCCUAGUCGGGGCGAUAUUAUUGGCCAAGAAGAAUUGAAUGACUUCCUGUUUCCUGCCGCUGCAUCAUGCAGCAGCAGCAGGGUCGUGGGUCAUUCUACUGAGCGGGUUAUAGACUAUCAUAG